AACUGGAUGAGAAUGAAAUUCUACAAAAUCAUCCCGUCUUUUUCACAUAAAUUCGCGAAAGCCGAACAAAGUAGGCAUCGUUCGAAUAAGCGUCGCAGCAGUUUGUAGAGAGCCGCCGGCAGCGUUCUGAUGCUGUUUGUAAACAAUACCGACAGCAAUUCCAAUAUGGCUGAAAGUGCAUUUCAUAUGAUUGUUUCACCUGGUAUAUAUAGAGGCGCCUUGGUUUUCACUUCGUUCCACUUGAGAGUGAAAUUAACAUCAAAAUAGCCCAGUUGUACUUACAGUACAAAAAUUGCCGAAACAGGUGGUGGAAAUAGCGCAAAACAACGAGUUUAUUUACAAACAAACCGCCACUCAGCUGUCGUUGCGGCGAUUAGUGUUAAAUUAGUUUCAAUGUUAAAUCACUGUGAAUUACCGUUUUAAGUGUUUUAGAUCUAAUCAUUCCUGCAGCGGGAACCUCGAGCAUGAGCCACUACACCACCAUGAACAACACAUGGACAAUGGAAGAGACCAAUUUGAUGAUACGCAAGCGGCUGGAGCUGUUCGGUUGCGGGCGAAAUGAUAAAGUGUACGACAAAAUUUCGCUUUACCUGGCAAAGGAACAUAACUUUAUUAAAAAUGCCGCUGCUUGCCAAACACGGUUCAAUAAUCUGCUCAAAACCUACCGAACCUGCGCGAAGCGGAUGGAAGCCAGUGGAGGGCGCUCCAAUAAGAUGCGCUUCCCUUAUUUCGACACGUUUCACCAGUACUACAAAUCGUUAGCAAGUAAUGAAGGAGACCCAUCGAGCAGCAAAUGUAAAACGGAAAUCUUCCUGGAGGACAUGUUUGACGAUAGUUCGUACGCGGACGGCGGCGGCGGCGAAGGGCUGCUGGACGUGUCACACACGGAAGACUGCGACCCGGCAUCCUAUGCGGGCUCUCCGGCGAGCCUCCAUCAUAACAAUCAGCACAUUGCAGGCGAGGAUGAGCUAACGAGCUCGCUAACCGCCGUCAAUGGGUUGGAUGAUUUGAAGAUGAGACUCAUGGAGCAGAAGCUGCUCUUCUACACCAACCAGAAUAUGCUGCUGCAGAUGAAGCAGGAGCAUUACCGUCAGAAACAGCAGGACGGAAAUAGGGGACAUGUGAUCGCGGAAGAGAUUCUAAAGGUACUGAAGGGCAUUCACGCGUGCUUGAAGAAGAGUGCAGAGCUGAAGAUGAAGAGCAAAGCGAUCGAGAAGGAACUUCCGGUGGAGAAGAAGGAAGUGGUGGUGGCUUUGAAGGAGGAAACUUUCAAGGAACCGGAACCAACUCACGUGGAAGACGAAGAAGUCGACGUCGAUAUGGAGGAAGAAGAGGAGGCGGAAGAGGAAGAAGAGGCUGAGGGUGAUGGCUCGCUGGUUCCAGUGAACGUAGAAUCGGAAGAUGAAGACGAAGACGAGGAAGAUUGCACAACCGGUGGGGGGACGGAUGCAAUGUCCAGUAGCGGGGCAAGCAGCCAGGAUGUGUCGAAAAAGUUCGAAAUGGGUCGGCUAAAGGUCCGGAAGAAUAUAUUCCCGCCCUGGAAUCGGAUUCAGACGGUGCUGCUGAUUAAGAUACACUGCGAUUUGAGGCCUAAAUUCAAGGGAUACAACCUGUUCGAAUGUGUCUCGAACAAGCUGAUCGAGCUGCACAUUAACCGAACGCCCCGCGAUUGCCGAACUCGGUGGAAUAACCUGUUUCGCACUUAUAAGGAUUGCCGGACAAGACUGAAGUUGAACAGCAAAUCGAGUGUAAAGUUCGAAUAUUUUGAAGAUAUUGACGCAUAUUUUAAGGAUCACAAUUUUUCGUCGUUUUGGUAAGAUGUAUGUACUGUUGAAAUUUUAUGUAAAACUAGGACUAAGAUAAAUAUGGACUGUAUAUUUGUAAAAACUAAAUAUAUGAGAAAUGUUUUUAAAAAGUAAAA